AAUCCCCAGCGGCAAGAUGCCAGAAUCAUCGUGGGGCUCUUCUACGAGACAGAAGCCAGAAAAGUUUUCUGUGAGGUGUACAAGGAGAAGCUCUAUGGGAAGAAGUAUGUCUGGUUCCUGAUUGGUUGGUACGCAGACAACUGGUUCAAGAUCAAAGACCCGUCAAUCAACUGCACCGUGGAGCAGAUGACGGAGGCGGUGGAGGGUCACGUCACCACGGAGAUCGUCAUGCUAAACCCAGAGACCGUCCGAGGGGCCUCCAAUCUGACGUCUCAGGAGUUUCUGAACCAGCUGAUGUCUAAGUUGGGGGGUAAGAACCCAGAGGAGACAGGGGGGUUCCAGGAGGCCCCUCUGGCCUACGAUGCAGUGUGGGCCCUGGCUCUGGCCCUCAACAAGACCGUGGGGCCCCUGAAGGCCAAGGGCCGGAGGCUGGAAGACUUCAACUACAACAACCGAGAUAUCACCGCUGAGAUCUACCGUGCCCUCAACACCAGCUCAUUUGAAGGAGUUUCGGGCCAUGUUGUGUUUGAUGCCCAGGGUUCUAGAAUGGCCUGGACUCUUAUUGAGCAGCUGCAAG